AUGGCUGCAAAUUUUCCUCAGUGUCUUUUCCUUUUGAUUUUUGUAGCUUUUUGCUCGUAUUUGGUCAGAUUUUCCUCUUGCCAACCAAGCGGUUAUUCACAAGCUGUUGCAACUUUUUAUGAAAAUCCUACUAGUCCCGGGAGUGGUGGAGCAUGUGGGCUCGAAAAUGACGUAGAAAGCGCUCCCUAUAAUGCAAUGAUCACUGCAGGAAAUCAAGCUCUUUUUAAGCAAAGCUCUGAAUGUGGAGCAUGUUACCAGGUGUUGUGCACUCAAGAUCAAAAUCCGCAUUGUUCAGGGAAUCCAAUAAUAGUAACCCUUACAGAUGAGUGCCCUGGAGCAUGCAAUAAUGAUCCUGUUCACUUCGAUAUAAGUGGAAUUGCCUUUGGAAAAUUGGCAAAGGCUGGUGAGGCUUCACAACUAUAUAAUGCAGGAAGAAUCUCGAUUUUUUACCAAAGGGUAGCAUGUAAUUACAACACAAAUAUCUUAUUUAAGGUGGACAAAGGCUCCAAUCCUAAUUUCUUCGCAGUUACAUCUGAAGCAGUAGAUGGAGAUGGUGACCUUUCUUUAGUUGAAAUCCAAACAAGCAAUUCGAGUUGGAUACCAAUGCAGCGAAUGAUUGGGGCAACUUGGAGUGUUGGCAUACAACCAGAUACACAGAAACCUCCCUUUUCCCUUAGACUUACUUCAGAAACAAAGCAGAGUGUCACCGCUCCAAAUGUCAUUCCAGACGGUUGGCAACCAAGAUCAAUUUACAAAUCAAAUGUCAACUUUCCCAAUAAUCUAUAG